AUGAAUCCUUCUGCUCCCACUGCUGCAGUUGCCCCUGUCCCAGACCUGGCCCUAAGUGUGGCUCCAGCCCUACCACAGGACUCCCUGGCACUCCCUGGCCUGUUAAGCCCAUUGCCUCUUUCUUUCCUUGGACAAGAAGAAGAUGGGAGUGAAAAAAGGGUUUGUCCUUGGAGGCCCUGGCUGUGCUCUUCAAGUAACCCCCCAAGGCAGGUGAGGAAACUUGUGGAUUUGGCCACUGGUGGGGCAACAAAUGCCGAGGUCACCAAAGCUCACUCCAAGUUUCAUCAUCCUGUGAGGCUCUUCUGGCCCAAAUCCUGCUUCUUUGACUACCUAUACAGUUAUGGGGAAAUAUUACUGCAGAACUUUUCUGUCCAGGCAACCAUCAAUCUGUAUGAAGACUCAGGCAGUGAAGAGGAGGAGGAGGAGAAGGAAAAAUAUGAGGAGGAGUAGGAAGAAAAGUAG